AUGAUGCGUUCCAGCAGCAGUACCAGACUACUAGCCGACGGUCGGCCUCCACCGGUGGCCGGAAUGGGUUCGAACGACGAGAUCGCCUCUCCGGGGGCGCUACUCGUGGGCUUCAAGCGGACACUACACCCUCCGGUGCCGGGCAAAAAACACUCCUAUCGCUAUCCGCACCAUCCACGGGCUGAACGUCGGUGUGGCGUUACUGCCGGUUCCACCGGUUCGGUGUUGCGGGUCCUGUCGUUCCUGUUGUUCCUAGUUAUCUGUGAUAGUCAGACAGUAUCGCGCGUGGCAUUUUGGAGUGCCGCUGACGCCGCCACCAUUGGACCUGCCCGUACGCAGGUGGCACGUCCGGAUGAGGACAGUAUUAUUGCCGGCGGUGGCAACGAACCGGACACUUCCGGUGGGAUGGGCGUCCCCAGCGGUUCCGCCAUCAACCGCACCAAGCUGCAGGAGAUCGUACUGGAAGGACUCGGACUCGGCGCUCUUCCCGAUGUUCGCUUGAUGAACGUCAGCCAGCAGGAGUACGAAUCGAAGUAUGCCGAAUAUUUGGAUCGAGUCAACCGCCGGCAGGUGUUGGCCAAUACUGGCUUAGGCGGAGAAGUCGAAGAGGGCUGGAUCGAGCAGAGGCGCCUCUAUACCUUUCCGGGUUCAGAUCACGCACUAAACCAUCGGAAACUGCGCCGCAAGCGUUCGCUAAACAACGACUACGAUCUCGUGUACAUCCGGUUCGAUAUACCGACGAGAAACGCGAGUACUGGCGAGCUGACCGGCUUCCAGACGCCCUCCUUCUACCACGACCCCAGCGCCGAUGUGGAAGACGAGGAGUCUUCCGACAGCCUCCCCGCGGUUGCCGACAACCCUGCGAACGCCCUCGACGCUACCCAGCGCCAUUUUGGCCACCGAGGACAUCGCCAAUCGCUCUCGGAGCUACCACCGAUAUCGCCCGAGAACAUCGAGGAGUCGUCGUUGAACAUCAUGCUAACGAGAAGACAAAACAGCGCACGCAGCAUAAAUGCGCACAGUAAACAUCAACAUCACUCGGCUCAACAGGGGCAACAGCAGCAGCAGCAGCAACAGGGGCAUCAAGUUCAACAGCCAGUGCAGCAGACUCCGGCACAACUGCACCAGCAUCAGCUCCAAGCUCACGGGCAAGCACGGCGAAAGGGACGGGUACGGUUCAGGCAACAUCAGCAACACCAACAGCAACAGCAGCAACAUCUCUCACGCCAUCAUCAACCUGGCCGCAUGGUGACGGUGCACGUGUACCAGCUCGUGGAGCCGUACGAACGUCACUUCCUGACAUCGAAACAGAUUGCGGUGCAAGAGAUCGCCCCAAAUGGUAGUCGUUGGUAUCAGCUCCCGUUGGAGGAGGCUGUUCGCACCUGGAUGGACGGGUCUCGGAAGAACCUCGGUCUGGAGUUGUACUGUGAGGGAUGCCACGCGCAUGAUGUCCACAUUGUGCAUGACUCGUCGCCGUACUUCCGUAGCUACGACGAGACGCCAGUGUUGAACGUUGUUGGUCGGUUGGUACAGCGUGAGAAACGCUCCAAACUGCAACGCUACAGGCCCCAAAUGCGCGACUACUUGUCGCCACCGAAAACGACCGCCUGCACGGCGGGGAAUAAGCGUUGUUGCCGGCACCCGCUGCUGGUGGACUUCCGCGACAUUGAAGGUUUCGAUUUCAUCAUCCAACCGAAGAUCUUUGACGCCGGGUUCUGCCGGGGCCGGUGUCCAACCAAGUUCAAUCCGGCGACGCACCACGCGCUGUUGCAGAGCCUGCUGCAUGAGCACAUUAAGUAUGACGUACCGAAACCCUGCUGCGCCCCGUCCAGUCUUGACCACAUCGAUGUCCUGCACGCGGACCCGAAGAACCCGCAACGUCUGAAGGUGUCCACGUGGCACAAUAUGCGCGUGCUCGAGUGCGCUUGCUCGUGA